CUCGAUUUCCGUAAUUUUGAGAAGAUUUUUUUUUAGUAAUUUUUUAUUCUGCCCCAGCUGAUGUGUGAGCCAGCAUGUCGCGGAGGAAGCAGGCGAAGCCCCAGCAUUUCCAGUCCGACCCCGAGCUGGCCCGGCUCCCCCAGCGAGAUGGAGACACGGAGAAGGGUCAGGCCGGUCGAAGCGCUAAGAACAAGGGGGCUCAUGUCUGUGGCAGGUGCUGCGCUGAGUUCUUUGAAUUAUCAGAUCUCCUGCAACACAAGAAGAACUGCACUAAAAAUCAAUUAGUUUUAAUUGUGAAUGAAAAUCCAGCGUCUCCUUCCGAAACCUUCUCCCCCAGCUCCCCUUCUGAUAAUCCUGACGAACAGAUGAAUGGCCUAGUUAAUAACACAGAUCGAGUAGACUGCAGUGACCUUUCAGAGCAGAACAAACUUGACAGAGAAGAAGAAUCUAUGGAGGUGGAGGCCCCUGGCGCUCACAAAAGUGGUAGUGGUGCGGGGAGCCUCAGUGAGAGUAUCACAAGCAGCAACAGCUCCUCGAUGGGUACCUCAGCUAUCGCAACCUCUCUACCUCAAAUCGGGGACCUGGCAGCUCUGGGCAACUUUUCCGUGAUCAACAGCAACGUCAUCAUCGAGAACCUGCAGAGCACGAAGGUCGCCGUUGCUCAAUUCUCCCAGGAAGCGAGACACAACGGGGCCUCCCCCAAUAAACUGGCCGUCCCGGCCCUCAUGGAGCAGCUCAUGGCCCUACAGCAGCAGCAGAUCCACCAGUUGCAACUGAUCGAGCAGAUCCGACACCAAAUAUUGCUGUUGGCUUCCCAAAACGCCGACCUGCCAACGCCUUCCGGCUCUUCUCAAGGUACUUUACGAACAUCUGCCAACCCCCUGUCCACGUUAAGCUCCCACUUAUCCCAGCAGCUGGCGGCAGCAGCUGGAUUAGCACAGAGCCUUGCGAGCCAAUCUGCCAGCAUCGGCGGUGUGAAACACCUGCCUCCGAUCCAGCUACCUCAGAGCAACCCUGGCAGCACAGUCAUCCCACCCGGCAAUCGCUCGUCUCCAAAUAUCUCCAUCUUGGCCGCGGCGGUCCCCACCCCUUCCUCCGAGAAAGUGGCUUCGAGCGUCGGGGGCCCCCAGCUCAGCGCCCCACCGGCAACGACGUCCUCCUCCUCCUGCUCCUCUUCCUCCUCCUCCUCCUCUUCCUCCUCACCAGCUUUCGCAAUAAGCAGCUUGUUAAGUCCUGCAUCGAAUCCUCUUCUACCUCAACCUGCCCCCAGCAACCCUGUUUUCCCCAGCCCCCUGCCCAGCGUGGGAACCGCCGCGGAGGACCUGAACUCCCUGUCUGCCCUGGCCCAGCAGAGGAAAAGCAAGCCACCAAAUGUAACGGCUUUCGAAGCCAAGAGCGCUUCGGAUGAGGCAUUCUUCAAACACAAGUGCAGGUUCUGCGCCAAGGUGUUUGGGAGCGACAGUGCUCUGCAGAUCCACCUCCGCUCCCACACUGGCGAGAGGCCCUUCAAAUGUAACAUAUGUGGGAACAGGUUCUCCACUAAGGGGAACCUGAAGGUGCACUUCCAGCGCCACAAAGAGAAAUACCCUCACAUCCAGAUGAACCCUUACCCAGUGCCCGAGCACCUGGACAACAUCCCCACCAGUACGGGGAUCCCCUACGGAAUGUCCAUCCCCCCCGAGAAACCUGUCACCAGCUGGCUGGACACAAAGCCUGUUCUGCCCACGCUGACUGCCUCGGUCGGCCUGCCGCUUCCUCCGACGCUCCCCACCCUGACACCCUUCAUCAAGACGGAGGAGCCCCCACCGGUCCCCAUCGGGCCCCCCUCUGGCAGCCCGUCGGCCUCCAUUAAGAGUGACCCAGGGGUGGCGGACCCCGCCCCGAGGAACCCCGGCGGGCUCCCCGAGGCUGCAGAGGGGGGUGACGGGCCCCCGCCCGCCCUCAAGCCAGAAGAGGGGGCCCCGCCCUCGGGCCCCCUCCCACGGCCCAGCAGCACCGUGAGCUCCCCAGCUGCCGAGCAAGGCCCCGGACCCACCGCCACCCCCUUCCCUGGCCCACUGGGACCCCUCAUGUCAGAGCGGUUCAGGGCCAAGUUCCCCUUCGGGGGGCUCUUGGACGCGGCCCCAGCCUCGGAGACCUCGAAACUGCAGCAGCUGGUGGAAAACAUCGACAAGAAGGCCCCGGACCCCAACCAGUGCAUCAUUUGCCACCGCGUGCUCAGCUGCCAGAGCGCGCUCAAGAUGCACUACCGCACCCACACUGGAGAGCGGCCCUUCAAGUGCAAGAUCUGCGGCCGGGCCUUCACCACCAAAGGGAAUCUGAAGACCCACUACAGCGUGCACCGGGCCAUGCCCCCGCUUCGAGUCCAGCACUCGUGCCCCAUCUGCCAGAAGAAGUUCACCAAUGCCGUUGUGCUGCAGCAGCACAUUCGCAUGCACAUGGGGGGCCAGAUCCCCAACACCCCAGUUGCGGACCACAGCUACCCCGAGUCGAUGGAGUCCGACACCGGCUCCUUCGACGAGAAGACCUUCGACGACCCGGACAACUUCUCGGACGAGAACAUGGAGGAUGGCCCAGACGGCGGCGGCGUGCCCCCCGGCACCCCCAGGUCAGCCGACGCGUCCCACGACAGCCUGUCCUCGUCCCCGCUGCCACCGGAGAUGUCCAGCAUCGCUGCCCUGGAGAACCAGAUGAAGCUGAUCAACGCCGGGCUGGCCGAGCAGCUCCAGGCCAGCUUGAAGUCCGUGGAGAGUGGGUCGGUGGAGGGGGACAGGCUGACCAAUGACUCCUCCUCCGUGGGGGGCGACGUGGAGAGCCAGAGUGCAGGGAGCCCGGCUCUUUCCGAGUCCACCUCCUCCACGCAGGCCCCGUCGCCAGCCAACAGCUCGCAUGACUACCGCAAGUCGCCGAGUGUCGACGAGAAGCCGCCCCCUGGGGCCCCGCCUGCCGACUUCGCUGACGGCCCCUCUCCUGCCCCGGUCAACGGCGGGGCCCUGGAUCUGACAUCCGGUCACCCGGAGAAGCUCAUCAAGGAGGAUUCCUUGGGCCUGCUCUUCCCCUUCAGAGACCGGGGGAAGUUCAAAAACACCGCGUGCGACAUCUGCGGGAAAACAUUCGCUUGUCAGAGUGCCUUGGACAUUCAUUACCGAAGUCAUACCAAAGAGAGACCCUUCAUUUGCACAGUUUGCAAUCGCGGCUUUUCUACAAAGGGUAAUUUGAAGCAGCACAUGUUGACACAUCAGAUGCGCGAUCUACCAUCACAACUUUUCGAGCCUAGCUCCGCUAUGGGCCCCAAUCAGAACUCUGCCACCCUCCCUGCCAGCGCCUUGUCGUCACUCAUAAAGACCGAAGUGAAUGGUUUCAUGCACGGUUCCCCUCAGGAGAGCAAGGAUGCCCCCCCAGGUCUGGCCCCCACGGGGCCUCUGACCUCUUCCGCCACCUCACCUGUCCUGCUCCCCACCCUCCCCAGGAGAACCCCCAAGCAGCACUACUGCAACACGUGUGGGAAGACCUUCUCUUCCUCUAGCGCCCUGCAGAUCCACGAAAGGACCCACACUGGGGAGAAGCCCUUCGCCUGCACUAUCUGUGGGAGAGCUUUCACAACGAAAGGCAAUCUUAAGGUCCACAUGGGCACCCAUAUGUGGAACAGCACCCCGGCAAGACGAGGCAGGAGACUUUCAGUGGAUGGUCCAAUGACGUUCCUAGGAGGCAAUCCUGUAAAAUUCCCAGAAAUGUUCCAGAAAGAUUUGGCUGCAAGGUCAGGAAACGGGGACCCAUCCAGCUUCUGGAAUCAGUAUGCAGCCGCGCUUUCCAAUGGCUUGGCUAUGAAGACCAACGAGAUCUCCGUCAUUCAGAACGGUGGCCUCCCUCCAAUUCCUGGAAGCCUUGGCAACGGCAGUAGUUCACCUAUUAGUGGGUUGACGGGAAGUUUGGAGAAGCUCCAGAACGCUGAACCAAACGCACCUCUAGCUGGUCUGGAGAAAAUGGCAAGCAGUGAAAAUGGAACAAACUUCCGCUUUACCCAUUUCGUGGAGGAAAACAAAGAGAUCGUCACAAAUUAAAGAGAACCGACUUUACGAAGAAAACGUUCCUGCAGAGAAUGCACCGUAGGGUUGCUUUUGUUUGUUUUUUUGUUUUGUUUCGGGUUUUGGGAUUUUUUUUCUUGGUUUUUUUUUUUUUUGCUGUUUUUUUCCACCCCAACACCGAUCUAUGAACUACAACAUUAAGACAUUCUUUUGUACCAUGUUCGACUUCUAGAGUUCUAAGAGAGCUUAUUUAUUAGUGAUAUAACCUUGCUUUGCAAACAAAUGAAAGCAUUCGCUUUGGUCUCCUGUAUUUUGAACUAAAUACUAAUGGACUAGAGUGUUGUAAACUUGCUGUAACAUUUAUGGCAGUUGCAAAGUCUGUUCUGCUAGGUGAUCUUAUUCUGAUAUUAACUUAUUUUCUAUAUCCAAUUUAACAUGAACUCUGGUGUUGAUGCAAUGCCUCAGUGAUGCAUUAGAUCUCUAAUAAAGUCUGUAUAUAAAUGUACACUUUGAUCCUGCUGGAUAUUUUAUCAGCAAAACACAAUUGUUUAAUCUUCCAAAACAGAUCUGAGGAAAGAACUGAAGGCUGAAAGUACAGACUGAACAGUGUGGUUCUUAGGAAAAGGCUCAGUUUUUGAUUUUUAUUAUAAAAUUAAAACUGCUUUAAUUUUUGUAGGUUUAACACUUUCCGUUUUGAACUGUUAUUUGUAUUGUGCUUUUUACUUGAGUCGUCUUAAUUGUUAAUAAGUUUCUGUACAGUAAUAAGCACGCAAAUUAUUAGAGAAGAUACAGAAGUGUUGUUUUGGUAGUUGAAACUGAGACGUAACAUUUUGCCUUGUAGGUAUAUUCAUUAUAGAAAAUGUGCUGGAAUUUCACAAUGCUGCUAAGUAUAGCAUCUUGAACAACCUUCCGUGGAAAAAAUAUAGAUGCUCCUGUAUAUACAAUAAGAAAUAUCACUUUCAUUAAAAUGUACAUAUGUUCCUUAAAAGAGCAAACUCUUCUUCUUGAUCAAGGGAACAGGUAUAGUGUUUGUUUAUUUUGUAUUAGGUAUGGAAAAAAAAACUUGGACUGUUACAUGCACUUUCUUGGAAAGUUGAAAGGAAAAGGGGUCCAGUUUCUUUAACAUUUAUUACCUACUAACAGCAGAGAUACUGUAAUUUUACUUGAGUAAUCAAAUACAUUUUUUGCAACAGAGAAAA